AUGGGUUUCUUUUAUAGUGGCUUUCAUAAGCCAAAUAUGAAUAACAUAAAAGGUAAAAGAGCGAAAAUAAUUUAUGUUCUUGGUCUCUUCAUGUUACCAACAUUUGUAACAUAUAUGGGGAGUAACUACUACGUUUUGAAUUUCUUUAUCGAUACCUUUAAACCGAUCGAAGUGCCAAGAGAAGUUGAUUUUAAAAUUAUUCGAAGUAUAUAUCAUGACAAAAAACCCACAACCAAAAGUUCAGACUAUGAUGAAAAUACAAAUGUAUAA